ACCAUAGCAACGAUAAACAGUAAGUUGCGAAGGGAAAGGCUAACGUUACCAGUAAAAUAAUGCUUAGCCUACUGUGGCUAGCAAGAUAGAAAACACUCCACUUUGUAAGCUAAUAUUCAGGAAACAUCAGGACUAGCCAAGUUUGUAAAUUACAGUAUGCAGCAGUAAACGGUAACGUUACUUUUCCAGGCAGGCACGCAAUAAUCUUACACAUCUGGAGUUCAACGACAUUACUGGAACUAACAGAAAUGGCGUCAAACACAGGCUUAGACCGCAGGAAAAAUCAAAGAAGCUCUAACGAAAUGGACUUGAACAAGAUGUGUCCACAGCAACGAGCGCGGUGCCAGGCCUAUAUGGAACCAUCUAAAGAGGCUCAGCGUUGGACGGCGCUAGCAAAGCAGAGAGUUUGUGCAACUAUUAACGUUACCAAAGAAAAGGGCCUGCAGGACAGCAACAGCCGCCGCCCCAGUGAUAACAAGACGCGCCAGGACGCACUCGUUGGUCAACUCAAGGCUGCAGAGGCUCGCAAUCGAAUUCGUCAGAAGCGAUUGAACUACCACAACUACAGGGCCCAGGAAAUUAACUUAAUGAUUUCAAGCCAGGCUACUGCUCAGAGGGCUUUGCGUGUGGAGUUGCUGCUGCCAACCAGCAAGAGCAAAAUGAAGACUAAUGACAGCUUGGACAAACUGCAGGCCUAUUCCAAAUAUCUGUCGACUCGACACUUGCUAGACUACUAAAUGGACCGGUUGUAGUGUAAAAUAGCAUCAACCAGUUUGACAACAACAUUAGGCAGCCAAUAAAGUAUGAAAUAUAAAGUAGGAAGAUAUAUUGUAGUCCCAAACUUUGUUGUCUAAAACUCAAAAGCAGGGAGUUACAGUAAAGUCCUUUACAAGCCUUGAAGUCUCCCUAUAGGGAACUUUGGCCACUGAACAGAGGAGAUGUGGUUUAGAACAGACAUUCUCCUUAGAAACACUAGCCUACAUGGAGUUAAGUGGGGGGAGAAGAUCAGUUAGCUCUUGCAGAUGCAGGUGCGGAGUAGAUGACCACCAUGCAUAGCCCUUGAAAUGAGUUAUGUGAAAGACUUUCUUUGUCUUGAGUCAAUUUGCAGCUGAAUCAGGUGCAACACAAAUGUGAUUGGGUCUGCUGAUUGUAGGCCUACCCUAACUCUAAAUGGCACUAUGCAGUCGCUGUCUUGGAAAUAAACUGAAAGGCAGGAAUGCAGUUGAUUACAUUA